CUACCACCCGCGGCACCCCCACCUACCUAAACCUCGGCGACUCUCUUCCCCCCACUGUUCACCGGCAGCUUACCUCACCUCGGCGAGUUCCACUCCAUCCGCCAAAGACGCUCUCUACUCCCCGGACAGCGGCAAUGGAGCAAGCGAGCCCGCCGGCGGGGUCGGCGAGGAACAGGAAGGUGGUGCUGCGGGAUUACAUCAGCCGCGCGCCGAGGGAGGACGACAUGGCGCUCGUCGACGGCGGCGCCGUGCCGCUGCGCGUCCCCGAGGGCGCCGCCGGCCCGGCCGUUCUGGUGAAGAACCUCUACCUCUCCUGCGACCCCUACAUGCGCGGCCGGAUGCGGGACUUCCACGGCUCAUACAUCCCCCCGUUCAAGCCCGGAUCUGUUAUAGAAGGGCUGGGCGUGGCGAGAGUGGUGGAUUCCACUCAUCCGGGGUUCGUUGCCGGUGACAUUGUUUCGGGAAUGACUGGCUGGGAGGAAUACAGCCUGAUCGACAAGCCCGAACAGCUGAAUAAGAUUCAGCAAAGCGACAUACCACUGUCCUAUCACCUGGGGCUUCUCGGCAUGCCUGGUUUUACAGCUUAUGUUGGAUUCUAUGAGAUCUGCUCACCGAAGAAAGGAGAGUUUGUCUUUGUUUCUGCUGCAUCAGGAGCAGUUGGUCAGAUUGUUGGUCAACUUGCAAAGCUACAUGGCUGCUAUGUUGUCGGAAGUGCCGGAACAAAUCAGAAAGUUGAACUCCUAAAAGAUAAGUUUGGAUUCGAUGAAGCUUUUAAUUACAAAGAGGAGCCUGACUUGACUGCAGCCCUAAAAAGGUACUUUCCUGAAGGUAUUGACAUCUACUUCGAGAAUGUAGGCGGACCAAUGCUAGAUGCUGUACUCCUUAACAUGCGGAUGCAUGGUCGCAUAGCAGUAUGUGGGAUGGUCUCCCAGCACGGCAUGACUGAUCCUUCAGGGAUCCACAACCUCUUCUGUCUGGUGCCGAAACGGAUCAGUAUGAAGGGCUUCAUCCAGAGUGAUUACAUCAAGUUAUUCUCACAGUUCGUCGAUUACAUAACCAAGCAUUACAAGGAUGGAAAGAUUGAAUAUGUAGAAGACAUGAGCAUCGGGCUAGAGAAUGCGCCAGCUGCCUUUGUUGGUCUAUUCAGUGGUAAAAAUGUGGGCAAACAAGUCGUGUGUGUGUCACAAGAGUGAAGCACAUCUACAUUCUGAUGAAUAUUAUGAAUAUCUCAUGAUUCAAAUAAUAAUAAAGAUUGUGAACUGCUCGUGUUGAUGUGCA